UGGGCCCGAGGCGGCGGUGAGCGGCGCGGGCAUGGCGGCGGCGGCGGCCCGCGGCUGCCCCCCGGCGGGCUCCGGGGACCGCUCCCUGGCCGAGCUGCUGCUGGAGUUCUCCCGGGCACAGUACCGCGCCAAGGACGGCGGAGGUGUCGCCGCUGCCAAGGUGGAGCGGAUCGAGCGGCGGUGCCUGGAGCUCUUCGGCCGCGAUUAUCGCUACAGCGUGAUCCCCAACGUGCACGGCGAGGUCUGCGCCCACUAUCCGCGGCACAUCGUCCUCCUGGAGCGCGACGCCGGCGCCAGCCGUGACCCGUGUGAGAGCCCUGUGCAGGUGGGCAAACUGCAGGACCUCAUCAACCGGAGUAAGAUGGCCAGGUGUAGAGGACGCUUCGUCUGCCCAGUCAUUCUGUACAAGGGGAAGCAUAUUUGCAGAUCAGCAACACUGGCUGGCUGGGGAGAGCUCUAUGGGCGCACUGGCUACAACUACAUCUUCUCUGGAGGUUCUGAUGAUGCUUGGGCAGAUGCAGAAGACAUUUCUGAAGAAGACUCUGCAUUUAGAAAUGCAGACUCCCAGCUGUUUGACAAGGUCAGAGGGCACGACAUCAAGCUGCUUCGAUACCUGUCUGUCCGAUACAUCUGUGACCUGAUGGUGGAAAACAAGAAGGUGAAAUUUGGCUUGAAUGUGACCUCUUCUGAGAAGGUGGACAAAGCUCAACGUUAUGCUGAUUUCACACUUCUCUCCAUCCCCUAUCCAGGCUGUGAAUUUUUUAAGGACUACAAAGACCGGGAUUAUACAGCUGAAGGUCUCAUAUUUAACUGGAAACAGGACUAUGUAGAUGCUCCAUUAAAUAUCCCAGUCUCUCUGACCCAGUCUCUGAAUAUUGAUUGGAGCGAGUACCAGAGCUGGGACCUCGUACAGCAGACACAGAACUACCUGAAGCUGCUGAUCUCCAUUAUCAAUAGUGAUGAUGACAGCGGGCUCCUGGUGCACUGUAUAUCCGGCUGGGACCGAACGCCUCUCUUCAUCUCCUUACUGCGCCUCUCCUUGUGGGCUGAUGGGCUGAUCCACUCGUCCCUGGAUCCGUCUGAGAUUCUCUACCUGACAGUGGCCUAUGACUGGUUUCUCUUUGGGCACAUGUUAGUCGAUCGACUCAGUAAAGGAGAAGAGAUUUUCUUUUUCUGCUUCAAUUUUCUGAAGCACAUCACCUCUGAGGAGUUCUCUGCUCUGAAGUCACAGAGAAGGAAGAGUUUGCCACCUGGCUUCACCCUGGAAGAGAUCUGCAUGCUCAAGCAGAAAGACCGAGGCAGCACCACAAGCCUGAGCAGUGACUUCUCCCUGGGGUUGGAAAGUUCCCCUGGAGCAGCUGGGAGCUUUACCUAUGAAGCAGUGGAGCUGAUGCCAGCAGGAGCACAGGCUCAAGCAGCAUGGAGGAAGAGCUGUGCAUCGUCACCGCAAGCCGUGCUAUGGAGCAGAGCACAGCAGUCUGAAGACAGGCUGCCUUCCACAGGGAUGGGUGAAGUCAAGUCCUCCAGCUCCUCCUCAUCAGCCCAUUCUGAUAACUUCCUGAGGAUUGGAAGCAGCCCACUAGAAGUGCCCAGAUCCAGGUUGGAAAAAGCUGGGUGCUGGUGACAAGCAGAGGUAGGAAUCUGCUGGGAGCAAGCUUCGAGCACUGUGCCAGCACAAAGGAGUUCUGCCCUGAAGGCUGAGUGUUCCUGCUGGGGAAUGGGGACCCUGGAGCUGAGCCUAAUCUCACACCAUAACAAAGGCACCCUUCUGGAGUCUGACACUGCGAUAGGGCAGCGCCGAGCCGCGAGCUGGCCUGGGGAAGAAAGAGCAGAGCCUGUGGAGCCAACACUGUAUGUUCAGGCCAACAUGGAAUAAAGAGACCCUGAGAUAAGAGGUUGCUAACAGCGUCAUAUGCUCGUGUAGCCUCUGCAGGCUUUCUGAUGAGUCUUUUUGUAAUGAUUCUGAAUCAGCCACCAGCCAAAUCUGAGUACUCUCUCAUCGUAUGGAAAAUAAAAUAACAAACAAGCAAAGCUUUGAAAAUUUAUAAGACUUUCUUAACAAGUGUCUCACGAUUCCAGAGAAAAACCCCAGUGUCUGACAGUUUUCAUAAAUGAGGGUAACUGUUCUCCCCAGGGAGAGAUAUCAAUAGGAGGGGUUGGAAUUGUUGCUG